CCGAGGACUCGCGGCGUGUUCCGGGGUUUGUGUCGUUAGAACCAUAGCCCGUACUUCAGCUGCCACCCAUCUUCGAUCCUCACCUGCCGGUAAACAUCAUGGAAGAUUCUCAGAGUGAGCAACAGCGGAUAAUACGACGCCACCACCGCGAGAAAAAGGAGCUGCAGGCCCGAAUCCAGGGCAUGAAGAACUCGGUCCCCAAGAGCGACAAAAAGAGAAGAAAGCAGUUGCUCCUAGACGUGGCCCGCCUUGAGGCCGAGAUGGAGCAGAAGCACCAGCAGGAGCUGGAGAAGUUCCAAGAGAGCUUUCCUGAUAACGGCAACCUCGACUCCGUCACGGAAGAUCUCGCCAAGAUGGAUCUUGAGAACCAGCCUCCCCGGCAGUCCCGGGCACAGAGAAGGCGCGAAAGAAGGGCGGCGCUUGAGAGAGAGCGCCAGGAGAGGAUCACCGAGGCCGAGAUGGAGCACCUGGCUAGCUUCCGCCGAGAUGAGGAGGAGAAGCUCGCCGCCAUCCUAGGAUCCAAGAAUCUGGAGCUGAAGGAUAUCCCGGCCGAUGGCCACUGCAUGUAUCGCGCCAUCCAAGACCAGCUGGUGUUCUCGGUGACGGUAGAGAGCCUCCGGAAACGCACCGCUGAUUACAUGCGCAAGCACGUGGACGACUUCCUGCCCUUCUUCAGCGACCCAGACACCGGCAACGCCUACAGCCGCGAAGACUUCUUGAGCUACUGCGACGACAUCGUGCGCAGCCCCUCGUGGGGAGGCCAGCUCGAGCUGAGGGCCCUGUCGCACGUCCUGCAGACGCCCAUCGAGGUGAUCCAGGCCGAUUCGCCCGCUGUCGUCAUCGGCGGGGAGUACACCCGGAAGCCGCUCACCCUCGUCUACCUGCGCUAUGCUUGCAACCUCGGCGAGCACUACAACUCGGUGAGGCCGCUCGAGGCCGGCGCCGUCGGGGGCGCGGCUCCGCGGCUCUUCUAGGCCGGCCGCUGUCGUCGUCGCCAUUGCUGCCGCUGCCGCCGCAGCCGCUGGAGCCGAAGCCGCCGCUGCGCCUCCUCAGUAGGCUCCGUGUUGCGUUUUUUCCCCCUUCGGUUUUCUCGGUUUUUUUCUUGUUUUGUUUUACUUGAAAGUCGUACCCCCCAACCCCAACGCUUCUCUGCCCACGCCCCCCCCCCCGCCCCCCGCCCCGCACGCCCGCGCUCUCCUACCUGGCGGUUCUAUCCCGUUCUCUCACUCAUUCAUUGCUUUGGGGGCUGGCGGCGGGCGCGGGGAACAUUCAGGACCAGGGAAAGAUCUGCACUGUACUAUCUGAGGAGAGGAAGUUGGCCAAAUUUUCACCGCGUCUUGCCCUGAAGGGCCUUUGCCUCCCUCAAUGAUGAGAAUUGGUCGCGCCGCACAUGCCUUUGAGAUCAAAAUGGAAACUGGGUUUGAUGCAUUCUUAACUGGGGAGAAAUUAGUUUUGCUCGGAAUCUUCAGAUUGUCCCUAUAAAUACAUUGGAUUUUAGAUAAAUUUGGAGUUUUUGUGAUCCCAAUGCUUUGUGAAUGCCUUUCUCUUAUUUUUUGGAAACAAAUGUAUUGCGCGCUCUUUGCAGGGGGCAGGGGGAUGCUUUUUGCUUCAGCUGGGCUGUUCCGGAGAUGUCUCAAGUUAUGAACAGUAGUUCUCUAGUAUUUAGUUUUGUUUUUUCAUAAAAUUUGUGUGGGGCUCUAUGAAUUUUACUUAUUUGGGAUUUGCUAAAGUCUACUUAAGAGCAUUUGUUAAACUCAGAAAUUAAAUGUACAAGCUAAACAUAGAAAUUAAAUUUACAAAAACUGAUAGGUAAGGUUCGCUCUGAGAUGUGAAAGAUCUCAAGUUAAUUUCCUUUAUUAAAGUUAGGAAGAGCUAUGACUUUAUUCAAGAAGUUGAUUCAUUUCAUUUUGUCUACAACUGGUAGGAAGCGAAAAGAGACACCCUAAUAGGCAGCCUAACAUUCUGUAAGGAUGAGACUCAAACUAGUAAGUUUUCUUCACUGUGAGACAUGAAAGGGUACAACUUUAUUGAAGCAGUUGAUCCAGUUUGUUGCAUCUACAAGUGGUAUAAAGUGUGAAAGAUCUGAACCUAGCAUAUUUUCCUUAAGUCCUAGAGAUAGGAAGCUACUUUAAAAGAUUUUAAGACCUAAAAAUAGUUGAUCCAUUUUGUUGUAUCGACAACUGGCAUGAGGCAAAAAAAGAAAGUGAGCAAUCUACUUUUGUUGAUAGUACAGACUUAUUGAUAUCUUGACUUUGCCAGUAGAAUAGUAAAAAUGAAAUGAUUUGCAAUAAACAAUUUAAAAUUUUUUAAAUCUUUAGAGCCUGUGUUUCAGUGAGAUUACUUAA